AUGGCGGAAGGAUGUCUGAAAUUUCUUGUCGUCAUUUUCUGGAGUUUUUGCUCAUCUCUGGCUUUAAAAGACCACUUUCAUGAAGAGCUUCUCAUCAAACCUUUAGCAACAGGUCAUGUGUAUACGUAUUUUCAGUUUACAACGUUAUGGGAUGUGGAUAUCAAAGAUCACGAGGCUUUUUCACAUUUUGAUCUUUUCCCAAAGUCCUUUGGCCAAAUUGUUGAUAAGUAUUCUGUAGAGGAACUGCACUUGAGUCUGACACAGGGUCAUUGGAAGAGUGAUCUUUGGGGAUACCCAGUAGUAUCUGCACCACCAGGGGCGGAACUAUGGGUGUGGUUCCAGAACAAAGUCAGAGACAGCGUGAAUGAAAACUGGACUGGCCUAACGCAAGCGCUAUCUGGCCAAUWUUGUGCUUCGUUAAACUUCAUUGAUACUAAAACCACAGUUUCACCAAAGUUUUCAUUCAGAAGAGAAGGUGUAGCAACAUCUGAUAGUCUAAACUCAUCACUACUGAGAUAUUCAGCACUGGGAAGAGAGAUUGUUUGYACAGAGAAUCUCACUCCAUGGAAGAAACUCUUGCCUUGUGAUUCAAAGGCUGGCAUUGCAACCUUGUUCAAUGCUUUGUAUAUAUAUGAAGCCAAUUAUCACUCAAUGGGUAUUCAUUUAAGGCCUGUGUGUAAGGAUUCAGCUUGUCAAACGUUAUCCCUGGAAUUAAAGCAGACAGUCUCAAUUGUAUUUGACCCUUUGCUCAGAAGUCCAACAACACUAGACUGGUCUUUCAGAAAGUUAUUUGCUCAGGUCAUCCGUUCUGAAUGCCCUCUUUCCUCMYCAAGUAGAGUGYUUGUAGAUAUUACAAGGAACAGUACUGGUAAUAGGUUUACACUGAAGCCUCCACCAGCAAAUACAAUUACAAGGAAAAUGCCUGGGGAAAUGGAUCAACUUUAUGCUGUGUAUGAAGUCAAGGAUUUAGUCAGCUCAAAAAGUGAAGGAAAUAUUGUAUUCAAAUGGAAGGAAAGAUAUAGCAAAGUCCACCCACCACAACUUCAUGCUCAUAGGUUUAUAACAGGAUAUGGAGAGAAGAAGGGAGGAGUUAACUGUUUGAUAUACAACAACCACCCAUCAAAACCACUUCAGGUUGUCUACUUUGAAACCUUCCCUUGGUUUGUUAGGAUAUUUCUGCACACACUCAAGAUUGAAAACAAUGGAAAAACCAUCAAACCAGAYAAGYUACAUGUUAUUCCAGCAAAAGACAGAGAAAGGUCAUACAUCAUCGARCUUCUKUUCACUUUGCCUGCAAAUUCRGUAACAAAGAUGAGUGUACAAUUUGAAAGAGGAUUUUUGAAGUGGACAGAACAUCCACCAGAYGCUCAUCAUGGGUUUUAUAUUAGUUCAUCAGUGAUAUCUGCAAGGUUGGACACCCUAGCCAAUUUAACUGCUGGUCCACUCAAAUUUUCUCUUCUCUUUCCAAGGUCAGCAACAAGAAGUGAUAACAGCGAUGGCUUUGUAAGAYUCCACACAGAAACUUUACUUCUUGCUCUGCCCACACCAGACUUUAGCAUGCCUUACAAUGUUAUAUGUUUGACUUGCACUGUUGUAGCCAUUGCCUUUGGCUCUUACCAUAACCUUUGCGUAAGACGAUUUGAAGAUAUCGACAGCAAAGAGGYAAAUGCAUCUCCUUUGGCUAGACUCAAGGUUCAACUUGGAAAGGUUAAAGAAAAGAUAUUUGGCUCCAAGAAAGYKGRUAUAUCAGARGAAAAGAAGACAAAAUAAGUUGUGGAAAAUAAUGGUGUACACUGCAAGUUUUGUGUCAGAAGAUGAGGACAGCAAAAACCAUGAAAGAAGARAAAGACCUACWGUAGUAAUCAUGGAAAAUGAUGUWCUCAGUACUCAGGAACACUUCUUGAAAGUUGAUAUUAAAAUAAAAUCUUCACAUCAUCAAACUGUGUAUUACAGUUGAAGGAAAAAUGUUAAAGG